AUGUCUUCCCGUCAACGAGCACGACCUUAUGUUGAGGAAUACGACGAGGAAGACUAUGAUGAUGAUUUUGACAGUGAAGGUGAACCCUACAACUCACCAAGCCAACGCAAAACACCCCAUCACAGAUCCUCACCAAACCAUCCAAGACGAGCAGAUACGAGUCGAGGUCUGAUGACGGAUCACCACACUCCCCCUAGACGCACAACGAGAGUAUCGGAUAGCUUCUUGGACGACUUUGGUCCCUCUACACCUGCACCUUACCGUCCUUCCUAUGAUCGAUUCAACACCCGGCCUCCUCUUGAUCAAGGGUAUAAUCUAAACGAAGCAGGACCUUCUACAUUCCCUCCCGCUUCCCCCUUUUCUCGAACUCCUGCGUCCGCAUAUCGUCAACGUGGUAUGACAAACGAUUAUUACCCCACUGGAGAGACCUUGAGACCAGCACAACCACCUCUCAACAAUUUUUCAGACGAUGACAUGUCCCCGCUACGCAAUGCAACGCAAGAUUACGAUUUUUCUGGUCCUCCUGCGGGACUUGCUGAUCGAUUUGCGGGUCUGGGUAUUUAUGAUAAUAAUAUCAAUACAAUGACCAAUGAUGAGCCAAUCCUGGAUCCAAAUAUACAAUAUAUGAAUGAUGAUGAUUUAGCUGCUUACUUAGCUUCCGCACCUCUAGAAUCACAACAACCUUUGACAUAUGACUCUCCUCCUCAUAUCCCAUUUCCUUCCGAAGAUGAAGACUCACCUCCUGAUCCAUUACCCCGAACCGUUACAUCAGAAUCAGAUUCCGAUCAAACCAUCACUCAUCAUAGGAGAACUAAGUCUACCAACAUUGCCUCAAAAUCUCAUCACAAGUCACAUUCUCACAACCCGUCUCGAACUCAUCGACCGUCUUCCAAAUCCGUCCCCCACAAGUCGCAUACAGCCUCGACUUUAUUGGGAAACAUGACCAACAUAUUCUCUUCGAGAACCAGUAAAGGGAUUCCUAACUGGCUCAAGGAAACCUUGGAGGGAGAUCGAGAUUUCCCAGCUUCAUUCAAAGUUAAAUUAAAGAGGAUGAAAUCAACUUUAGUAGUUCCUUUCACGGAUGAUUAUGCGCUCAAGGUUGAGAAAGACAUACCUGAAGAUGUUGUGCAGGAGUUGAAAGAAAUGACUGGAAGUGAAGAACAUGAAGGGAUCUUGUCGGUCAGAAGUUAUGGAGAGUUGAGACGUACUAAAAAGUUCAAGAGCGGUUGGAAGCUCAGUUUUCAGGUUGGAGAUACAGAGAGCUAUGGAGAUUUGGGGGAACUGUUGAGAGAUGAAGAUACAAUUUUGAUCAAGUGGAAAGAGGAGGAUGAUGGGGAAAUGGUACUUUUAAGUGAUUGGGAGAAUAAAAAUGGAUGA